AUGACGGAGAUGGACGGAGUGAUCCGGGAGCACGAGGUCUACUUUGCCACAUUGGCAGAGCAGGCUGAGCGCUAUGACGAGAUGGCGGAGCACAUGAAGUCAGCUGCGCUCUUCGAGCAGGAACUAGAUGCCGAGGAGCGGAACCUCCUGGCAGUUGCUUUCAAGCAAGCAGUCGGUCAGCGCAGAUGUGCUUGGCGCAUUGUUUGCGCAGCCGAGCAAGAGGAGCAGGCGAAGGGCAACCACAUGACCACUGCCAGUGCGCGUGGCUACCGAAAGAAGAUCGAAGCAGAGCUCACGAGCCUUUGUCAGACGAUCCUGGCGCUGCUAACAGACAAACUGAUCCCUGGCGCGACCACCGCAGAGGCCAAGGUGUCUUACUACAAGGCACAAGGCGACUACUACAGGUACAUGGCAGAAAUCAGCGACGACAUGGAUCGGACGCGAUCCACAACGGCGGCGAAGGCAGCAUACGAGGAUGGCACCAAAGUGGCCGAGACCUCGUUGAAGGUGACCAGCCCAUUCCGCCUCGGACUGGCUUUGAACCACGCCGUGUUCUAUUACGAGGUGAUGAAUGCUCCCACGGAAGCUGUCCGGAUUGGCCGCAAGGCCUUCGAGGACGCCGUCCGUGAGAUCGACAACCUCGGGGAGGAUGGCGCCAAGGAGUCGGCUCUUGUGAUGCAGCUGCUGCGAGACAAUAUCACGCUCUGGACAUCAGAUCCCAGCGGCUGAUGCUGAGCUGUUUCACCACGGGCGAGAUGCCAAUGUCCGCUGCAAGUCGCCUGUGCAAAUGUCGCCAGUGCCCUUUGCAUGACAUAGGCCGCAAGC